UUCACCCUGCAGAUCACGAAGCUGAAGAUCGACAGGAAUCCCUUCGCCAAAGGUUUUCGGGACCCCGGCAGGAACAGGGGGGUCCUGGACGGGCUCCUGGAGACCUACCCGUGGAGAGCCCCCCUCGCCCUGGACUUCAAGGCUUUCGGCGCAGACAGCCAGGGUGGGAGCUCCAGCUCUUCUCCAGUGGCCUCCAGCGGUGGGACCCCCUCUCCGCUGAACCCCCUGCUCUCUCCAUCGUGCUCUCCUCCCACGCUUCACUUGCCCGCGAGCAACCUGGGCAUGUCGUGCCCCGAGAGCUUCCUGCACCCCCUCAACCUGCCCCUCUACUACAAGAUCUGCCCUACGAGCUUCUUGAGACAACAGGCACUCCUCUUUCCGAGCCAUGAAAAACUGGGAGCCACCAACCCACACCUUUUACCCCACUUCAUGGUGGAUAUGCCCAAACUGUCUUCCCUGAAAAACGCCAAAGCCGAAGACUUAAACGCUCAGUGCCUACAAGCCCCCGGUUCUGCUGGUCAAAUGCUGUAUGGAUUACAUGCAUCUGGAAACAUUUUCCCAUCAAGUCCCAUUGCUCGGGAAGCACUUAAUUGUUCUUUACAUCCUCCAUAUGGCUUGUAUGGUUAUAACUUCUCUGUGCCAUCCAGACUGAUGAAUGCAGCAGGGCAUUUCAAAGUGAGUGACAGCAUUCCGGCUGCUUUGAGGGAAGGCAGAUGCAAUCACUCCAACUGGCACCCCACAAUUAACCACUGCCUUUAGUGGGAUCAGAGAAUAUUUCUGAGCUAUGUAAAGCAAGUCCUUCCUUCCUCCAUACCCAGGGGCUUGUUAGUUAUUGACUCUGAAACACUGCAUGAUACAGGAGUGGGAUGGGCAGGCAUUUAAUCCUUUUUUUUUGUGGGCAGAAGUGUUGCAUUGUGUUGUUGGGAGGGUGGAGGAUCUGGAGGGUCUGAGAUGACCCUGAGGUGAUACCUUUUGGCCACAUUUAUGUCACAGUUGUAGGUUAAGAGCAAACUGUCAGUCACCUUUUUACUAUUUGCACUCUCAAGUGGGGCCAUUGAUGUCUGUGUUUCUACAACUCUGUUUUCUCUCUCUCUUGCCUUCAGAUAGCUCAGAGCCCUGGGGAGCUGCUGCUCCCACUCAAGUUUUAUCCCUAAAUUUCAAAGGGACUGUCCAGGACAUGGACUUGGCAAAGGAGCCACAUCUAACCAAGUGCUCGAGCUUGUUCUUAAUUUCCCUUGGCUCUAAUGGGUCCUAAUUAAUGACACGAAUGUCCCUCUUCUUCAAGACCCAGAUGCCUCUGUUAUCAGGGUGGGGACAUAAAUCCAAGUAUCUGGUGCCAGGUAAAGAAAAGCAGGAUGAAAGAUGGAUGAGGAUGAGAAGCUGGAGGGGAGACCCAGAGCCCUUUUUCCAUGCCCCACCCUCCAGUGGCACCAGCCUUGAUGGCGUGGUGGGAAGGAAGGAUGGGAUCACACAUCUCUCCCACAGUGGGAUGGAUCCAUGGGGACAUGGAGGAUACAUCUUGGAGAGUUGUGUGGGAUGAAACAACCCCAGGAGCACAGCAGGACAAUCCUCUGACCCAGAGCUCUCAGCCCCAAGGGACACAGAAGACCCAAGUGGGAUCACAUCCAGCCUUGCCUGAGGGAAGGGCAGGGAUGCUCCUGGCUCAGUCCCACGGAGAACACGGAUCCUUUAUGGUGAAUUACAACUCUACAGGCCCUGGAACAUGAAAUUUUCAAUUCCUUCCAAAAUUCCUAUUUGUUUUCUUGUAACCUGUGGAUAUUUUUGUUUUUCCUGUAAAAAAUCUCCAGCUCCCAAGGGCACCAUGUAACUCAUAAUAAAUCAGGACACAGGUUUUAUUCUUUAUUU